CCAGCGGGGCAGAGAAUGAAGGAUCAUCAAUCCAGCGACCAUCAGCUCUGCUUUAGAUCAUCCAAUGACAAACAUUUAUAAUGCAAAUAAUAAACAUGAAGGUCAAAGAAUAUACCAAAUAAAUCUUGAAAAAGAUUCAAGCAAUAAAUACAGUUUUGAGCCACUUGGGGGCAGCAGAACAAGCUGCUCACACAACAAUGGCCUAUUAUCAUCUUACGUUAUACGGUGUGAGGUUGGGAUCAUGAGGGGAGGCGUGGGGGCCCGGAAAUAAAGAACAACCAAAUAUUCAUAAACUUAAAGACUUGUAUUGAUAAAAAAAACGUAAAUCCGACAACAAACCGUCGCUACCAAAAAUCGCUUUUGUCACGAUUCUCGUUCCCUUCCUCCUCAACCUCACGUCAGCCUCUCCUUUUCUGCUCUUCAAGAACCAAUCAGCUUCAUUCCCCUCCGCUGGGCAGCCGCCUUGGACCAAGCUGCCUUGCCUCCUCUGGGAGUUCUUGCAACCCUUGGGUGGGAUUGUACCUCCCAUUGAGGACCUGACCUCUCAGGACAUAACAAUUGCAUAUGGACCACCUAGCAGUUACAGAACUACAGGUCCAUGUGAUGUCAGUUCAAUAUUCUCUCUCUUUUAGUACAUGUAUUGUAUAACCUGCUCAUGCUCUACUGAGUUUGCCAGCUGGUUUCUCACCGUGUGAAACAGAGAAAAGGCUCAAAGGCCAAAUCAAUGAAGGAAAAAAUGCAAAACACUGGGAGGAACUGGAGAGUUGGUGGAAAGUCUCUGUGACCACUUUUCAUUCCAGGGGAAAUGGAUUGAUGAACAUUUACAAUGUUGAAGUUAAAUAUGUCUGAACAAAACAAUGCCUCAAAUAGUGAGUAUGGAUCUUAAACAUUCCUUGUUGGUCCGACUCAACCCCCGGCCCCCCUUUAUCCCCCCUGGUGGGAUGCUGCUGACAGAGGACCUUUGCAGAGUGAAUGAAAUGAGGAAGUGAAGUAUUUCUGUCAAUGUCUCGUCAGUCAACACUUCUGUGUUCUGCUUUUGUAACCAUGUGUUACUCCGGCAGUGGACUUUCCCCACUCAGCUCAUGUUGUUUGAAAAAAUACAACAUAGUAACAGGAGUAAGCUUUCAGUGUGGAGAUGUUAUUAAAUAGAGUUUGGAGGGAAAAAUCUAUUGUCUGCAUAGAAGAAAUUGAAUGACGUUUGAGCUGCCUGCAGAUGUGCUGAGGCCAAAGCAGCGUUGUGCCGUCACAAGGAAGGAGCUGGCGGCGCGUCUCACUGCACCCCCUGUUGCCCACCUCAGGCACAGCUGUGACACUAAGGUGCAGCAGUUGAUGAAAGCAGCGAGAAGUGGUACCAGAAGCGGUGUAAAAAAGACCAAGUUAGCCAUGAUUCGCAAAGUGUCAUUUCUGCAGAGAAAAGAUUCCACAGGUGAGGUAAAGGAUGAUGCAGGUUACCUGGAUGUGUCUUUGUGUGAGUUGAAGCACCCUCCACCCCAGCUGUGCCCGAUGCCAGAGGGGCUCAGCAGUCAGCAGGUGGUCAGACGUCUCAUCCUCAACUCCAUUUUGCAGAGUGAAAGCAGCUACCUGGACUCUCUCAACAGAAUCCUCCAGGAGUACCAGAGGCCUUUGUUGGAGCCGCAGAACUCGAUCCUAAACCCCAAGAAGGUGCGGGGAAUAUUUUAUCGUCUGCAGGAGAUCCAUCAGUGCCACUUCAUGUUCCAAAUCGCCUUGGCAUCCCGCGUGGCUGAGUGGGAUCACAGCGAGACCAUCGGAGACCUGUUCGUUGCCUCGUUCUCUAAGUCCAUGGUGCUGGAGGUGUACAGUGACUACAUCAAUAACUUCACCAACGCCAUGACACUGAUCAAGAAAGCCUGCGUGUCUAAACCUGCUUUCCUGGACUUUCUGAAGAAGAAGCAGUCGUCCAGUCCAGACAGAAUCACUCUGUACGGCCUGAUGGUCAAACCCAUCCAACGCUUUCCUCAGUUCAUUCUGCUGCUACAGGACAUGCUGAAGAACACUCCAAAGACCCACAUGGACCGGCUGCCCCUGCAGCUGGGUCUCACUACGCUGGAGAGCCUGGCAGAGGAGCUCAACGAACAGAAGCGGCAGGCGGAUCAGGAGGCUGAGAUCCAGCAGUUAGCCUGCAGUGUGGGGGACCGCAACCUCACCAAGCUGCUGAACUCGGACCAGAGGCAGCUGAUUCAGUGUGAGCUGCUCACUGAAGUUGUUUAUGGUGAUAAAGGUCAAGUUGUCAAGUCGAAGGAGCGGAAGGUCUUCCUCCUCAACGACACCCUGAUCUGUGCCAACGUAAACCUGAAGGGUCCCCCCGAUAUCAGCAGCCUGGUUCCUAUUGGUCCCAAGUACACGGUGAAGUGGUGCGGCCCCCUGCUGCAGACGCAGGUGGUGGAGGUGGGACAGGACAGGCAGCAGAGAAGCAACAGUGUCAUCACAGCUAGACUCCACAGCCCAACCCCCAGCACCACUGGUAAAGUGUACCUGGGUCCUCCCAGACUGUACCAGGAGCUGCAGGAGCUGCAGCAUGACCUGGCUGUGGUGGAGGAGGUCUCACUGCUGGUGGGCACGCUUCACGGGACCUACCAGAAUCUAAACACCACAGUGUCUCAGGACUGGUGUCUGGCUCUGCAGAGGCUCAUGCGGCUGAAGGAGGAGGAGAUCCAGAAUGCCAACAAGUGUCGCCUGCGUCUGUCCAUACCAGGCAAACCUGACAAAUCUGGUCGCCCAGUGAGCAUCAUUGUUGUCUUCAACACUCCCAGCCACCUCAGUAAGAUAACCUGGGUGAACCGGCUUCAUCUCGCCAAGAUAGCCCAAAGACAGGAAAACUCUCCUGGGUGGGAAUAUGCCGAAGAAGACGUGAAGACAAAAGCUCCAAUUAGUUGUCCACUAUUAACCUGCAUUCUUCCUGUCUUCUUCUCCGAAACACACUCACUGAAGCUGGAGGCAGCUCUUCACAGCCCAUCCCAGUCCAGCCUGCUUGGUUUCUGCAUUGCCAGUACGUCUUUACCACAGGGGUACCUCUGGGUUGCAGGUGGAGAAAGAAGCAUCAACAAUGGCCAAGUAGAGAUCUUCUCGCUGAACCGAGCAACUCCUCGCCUGGUCAAGACCGUCCCGCUGAGUUCCCCCGUCCUCUGUCUGGAAUAUGUGAAGGAGCCGUGUCCCAGCACAGAAGAGAGGGAGGCCCAGUCUGCAGCCAAGAUAGGAAACAUCAUCUGUGUUGGUCUGCAGGACGGCAGCAUCUGUGUGUACAGUAGCGUGGACACAGCUGUUCAGUGCCUGUUGACCUUGGUGAACCCUGACCGCAGUCCUGUCCUCUGCCUCAAGCACUCGCUGUCUUUUCUCUUUGCUGGAUUGGCCAAUGGCAAAGUCACUGUUUACCAUAGAAGGGCUGGUGAGCGAUUGUGGGACGUGGAGUCGUGCAGGCGGGUGUCUGUGGGCUGUGAGCCUGUCUGCAGUCUGCUGACACUUGAAGACGCUGUUUGGGCGAGCUGUGCCAACCGGGUCACUGUCAUCCAAGGAUCCAGCCUCCACACACAGAGCUUCGCAGCCCACUCUGAUCCAGGCUGCAGUGUUAGCCACAUGACCCGUUCAGGCGGGGGGGUUUGGAUGGCCUUCACCCAGGGCUCCUCUAUUCACCUGUUUCACACCGAGACCCUGGAACCCCUACAGGAAGUCAACAUCUCCACCCGCACCACCCAUCUGAGACCAGGGCAGGUUAGUGUGUCCAGCUUGCUGAUGUGCCAGGGCCUGCUGUGGGUGGGGACCAGCCAAGGCAUCAUCCUCACCUUCCCUCUGCCCACGCUGGAGGGCAUCCCCAAGAUCACAGGUAAGGGGAUGACGUCUCUGAAUGCCCACUGCGGUCCGGUGGACUUUCUGGUGUCCAGCUCCAGCACACUGGACUCCUUCCUCAACAGUAAUGAGGAGGGGGCGAACCGAGAAGCAGAGGCAGGUCAAGUUGGUGGGGCAGGAGACGAAGAGUCGAAUAAGUGUGAGCAGAGAAGCCUUCAGCUGGACUCAGAAGCUUCUCCACCCAGCGAGGAGAAGCCCAAACGUCUCCUGCUGCAGUAUCGCCUCCACUCCACCUGCCAGCUGCCUGGGAAGCUGCUGUCUGCUCAGCCCGAACAGGGGACCCACCGGGCCCCCACAGGCUCUCUGGAGCACAGCCCGGAGGACGGCUCCAUCUACGAAGUGAGCGAGGACCCGAAUGUGUGGGUCAGAGGACGGCCGGUGGAGCUGUGCAACGAGGGGGAGGUCAGGCGCAAAAAAGUCACCUCGACAGCGAUCUUCUCCGGUGGCAGAAGACACCGCAGGAUAGGACAGAUGUCCUCACCUGGCACCUGCUCAGCCUCCACUGAAAACACUCUGCUGGUGUGGCAGCUGCCUCUGACUCUCAGCCAAUGACAGACAAGCAAUGCUGAACACUGGAUGCCAGUGGUUUGGUUGCUUCACAUCAGACCAAACUCGUUUUGCAAGGUGACGUAUUCUGACCCAGUAAUGCAUUUAAAGGAAGACUGCAGUAUCAUUUUAAGUAAAAGAGGAGCAAGUCAUUCUCAUGUCAUUAAUCCCACUGAAACAAAAUACAGUUUAACACUUGUGAUUAUUCUUUGCAUUGUGUCUUGUUAUAUGCAAAGUUUAGCUUAAAAAAUCUGUAGUUUACCAUCAAACUCUUUUAUUCUUUUCUUUUUGUCUUUUAUUGUCUGCAAGACUCUGACAUGUUUGAAGAGACUCAUCCAUCCCUCAGGAGAAAGUUGGCAAUGAUUCCCUUUUAUUUUCCUUAAAACCGUUGAAUUAAAUAAAAAUCCUGUAUAAGAGGUUGAAACAGGUAGUCCUCUUGAAACUCCUCUUGAAAAGAAGACAAUAUCUUGAUGGACCAUGUCUUUUUCUUCCCUUCUAUUCGAGGGGUAAGUGCUCUAGUGACCUACAGGUCAAAUAAAGGUACAAUUCACAAAAAACCUUGCUCCCCCCAGACCUCGCUUGGACAUUAUUCAUCCAGUUUUAGCUGAUUGUCAUCCCUCCCUGGCUCACACAGGUCAUUGUGAUCUCAUUUAUCCCAUUUUGGACUUCUGAAGCGGGCCAGGUCCACUGAUGGAGGUCUUCUGGAGUGAGCGAAUUAAGAAACAGUUUCAUGCAAGGUCAAUAGGCUGCAAUGCCUUAAGGAUGCUUUGAAAUGAAAAAUCGCAUGGAUGUUGUGUAAUUCAAUGGAUGAUGUGUCACUGAAAGUCUUGACACUGUUGUCGUACAUUGUAUAUUAAAAAGAACAUAUGUAUUGCGAGUACCUGUCCACAAAUGUACUGAAGUAAACACAGGUACCAUCCUGCCGCGAACAGAAUGAAAUGUGGGGGACAGAUUGGGCUUUUGGUGGAGCACAGGGACCCCCCCGACGUGCCUAAUAUGCAGCACAUACAUUGUAAAUGCACCUGUUGGGGAUUUAGUUUUCUGCUUAAAGUGUUUAGUGUUAGAAGUGUACUUUGUACUGUUAGAUAUUAGUUAUUACAUUAGCAUGUUGGAUGAAACCAUUUAUAGUCAUUAAAGUCAUAUCAUCACUGUACACAAUAACAUCCAUGUAAUGUAACCUGCAGAUGGAUGCUUAUUGCCAUCAUUUUUUAAAUCAAGAUGUUUUUUUUCUUCUCCUGUCAGGUAGUGAAUGAGCAGAGCAUGUAAGACAGCCCUGUGAGGCAUAGAACUAACAAUGAUCAAAUGUUACGUUAUUAUACAUGCUUUGUUAUUUUUACAUGCAGAAGCUUAAAGCCAAAGGUGAUCAUUGGAUGUACUGCAGUGUUAAGUGAACAGGAAUCGGUCAGGUCAGUGGGGGAUUUCCGAUGGAGCCAGGAGGGAGUCAUGUGAUGCAGCCGUAGCUGAGAGGGAGGAGCUGGGUCCACCCAUCGAACCUCUAUCUUCCAGUGGGGUGGAGUCCAAGCCCCAAACAACCUUGAACUAUAAAUAUUCAUCCCUGUUUUAAUAUUACGGAUUGGAACGCUGUUCACGCAUCUCCGUCCCUUCUGGGUUGAUUCAACACGGCUCAAAAUAGCCCCAUCUCUAUAUAAAGCCUCCAUCUCUCCUGCAUUAUGUCAGUUUCCUUUCCUUCUUGCUGUGGUGCAUUUGUUUGCAUGCUUGUUUUUAUUCAUUUUAUUCAUUUGAAUUUCUUAAGUGCUUGUUAUAUAUUUGUUGCAAUGUGAAUUAUCUAUGUAUUUUAUAGAUCUGUUGUCAAAAUGUCCUUUAAUCUCUUGUUUGUGUAAAUAUUUUGAGGGAAAUUGUACAUUUCGAUAAUUAUGAACUAAAGCAAAACCAAAUGGACAAUCUGCCUUAGUAUAAAAAUAUAUUUAUGU